GUCCAAAAUUGUCUCCCCGCAAUCUCUCUCUCUCCAUAAAUACCUACCCCUCUCUUCCUUACCUUCCACAUCCUACAUUACUCUCUCUCUCUACACAGAGGGUCUUUUGUUAGAAUGGCAAAGGAAGUUGAGGAAACAGUAGUAACAGAGCAGGAGUUCUCAGCCAAGGACUACCACGACCCGCCUCCAGCUCCGCUAGUGGACGUGGUGGAGCUGACAAAAUGGUCGUUCUACAGAGCUAUCAUUGCAGAGUUCAUAGCCACACUUCUCUUCCUCUACAUCACCGUCCUCACCGUCAUCGAUUACAAGAGCCAGAUUGACCCCAUCAAGAACCCUGACCAGUGUGGCGGUGUCGGCAUCCUCGGCAUCGCAUGGGCCUUCGGCGGCAUGAUCUUCGUCCUUGUUUACUGCACCGCCAGUAUUUCUGGUUAG